AUGAACGACUUCCAGGAAGCAUAUGAGUCCUGGGCCGAGGCGGACUUCCCAGAGCCAGCUGACCAGUGGGUUGCUGGUGCGAUUCCGGGUAGCAUCGACAUCAAGACAACGCACUGCAAGUCUGCUGAUGCAACGACAGUCCAUGUCAUGAUAAUCGCGCCGCCCCCAAUGCCGCCGCUGCCGCCGCCACCGCCUGCCGAGAACGCUACUGGUGCGGUGCUGCAUCUCAACUGGGCAACAUCGCCGCACUUCCCAGCCGGCCAACAGGCCACAGAAGCAGUUACGUACCACACCAUGUCCGUCACGCCGCCCCCGACGCUGCCGCCCCCAACUACUGUGGAGGCUCCCGGGGGAUUGACACAGAGCAAACCCGCCGUGCUGCCACAUCUGCCAGAGGACAAAACAACCACUGAGGCGACAACGACCACUGAGGCGAACACGACCACUGAGGCGACAACGACCACUGAGGCGACAACGACCACUGAGCACUCUCCGGGGGAUCAGCCACCUGUCGAGUCAUUCACAGUCGGCCCGACGCCACCUCACGCACGUCACCAAGGGCGUGCCACUCAGCCAGUCACGCAAAUCACCAAGGGUGUGCCACCACUGCACACCACACACAUCACCAAGGGCGUGCCACUCACGCCAGUCACGCACAUCACCAAGGGCGUUCCACUCAUGCCAGUCACGCACGACACCAAGAGCGUACCACUCAUGCCAGUCACGCACAUCACCAAGGGCAUGCCACUCACGCCAGUCACGCACAUCACCAAGGGAAUGCCACUCACGCCAGUCACACACAUUACCAUGGUCACACACAUCACCAAUGGCCUGCCACUCAUGCCAGCCACGCACAUCAUCAAGGGCAUGCCACUCACGCCAGCCACGCACGUCACCAAGGGUGUGCCACUCAUGCCAUUCACGCACGUCACCAAGGGUGUGCCACUCACACCAGUCAUGUAUGUCACCAAUGGCGUGCCACUCAUGCCAGCCACGCACAUCAUCAAGGGCAUGCCACUCAUGCCAGCCAUGCACGUCAACACAAGCAUGUCGCUCACGCCAGCCAUGCACAUCACCAAGGGCGUGCCACAUCCGCCCGCCGCGCACGUCACAGGGGACGUGCCACUUCCGCUGCCACACCCGCCGCUGAAGGUGCCACGCAACCGCCUGCCACUGAGGGUGCGCCACUGCCGCCCGCCACACGUGCCACUGAAGGUGCCAUGCCACUGCGCGCUACUGAGGGUGCACCACUGCCGCGCCACGCCACCUCCGCCCGCAAUGAGUGCCACCUUGGGAGCACUGCCGCCUGCAGCUCAAGGCACCACCACGACGCCGCCGCCCACCUGGGCCGCCCCCAUGGCAACAGGUGCGGGCCAUGCGCACACCACGACACUGCCGGACACACCAGGCUAG